GCAGCAAGCCAUACAGCACACACUUCCGUGUUGUCUGUCACCGUAAAGCAGGAAGCACUGUAGUAAUGUGUAGGAGGUUAUCUGGCCAGCUUGCUGUUUAACGUUACCUACAGGUGAAGUCAGACAGCAGGAGAAGCUACAUGGAGGCUAACUAACACAGGACCAAUCGGUGCUCAGCAAAACAGAGGAACUGCGGUACAUUAGCACCAGGAUGCCAGCCGGAGUGUGUGGCUGCUGCGGGCCGCUCAGGCCGAGGUACAAACGCCUGGUGGACAAUAUCUUCCCUGAGGACCCCAAAGAUGGCCUCAGUAAAUCGGACAUGGAGAAGCUGACCUUCUACGCCGUGUCGGCUCCAGAGAAACUGGACAGGAUCGGAGCGUACCUGGCCGAGAGGCUGAGCAGAGACGUGGUGCGACACCGCUACGGGAAUGUGGUGAUAGCCAUGGAGGCUCUGGACCAGCUGCUGAUGGCCUGUCACUCCCAGAGCAUCAAACCCUUCGUGGAGAGUUUCCUGCACAUGGUGGCCAAGCUGCUGGAGUCCAGAGAGCCGGACCUGCAGGUCCUGGGGACCAACUCGUUUGUGAAGUUUGCCAACAUUGAGGAGGACACGCCGUCUUACCACCGCCGCUACGACUUCUUCGUGUCCCAGUUCAGCGCCAUGUGCCACUCUACUCAUGAAGAUACUGAGACCAGGACCAGGAUCCGUGUGGCCGGGAUCAAAGGUCUGCAGGGCGUGGUGAGGAAGACGGUGAAUGAUGAGCUGCAGGCCAUCAUCUGGGAGCCUCAGCACAUGGACAAACUGAUCCCGUCCAUGCUGUUCAACAUGCAGGACAGCGAAGACCUGGACAGGGCGGGGCACCCCAGCACGCCUUCAGGGUCAGUGAGUCAGGACGGCGAGGAAAACCCGGCGGCCUUGGCGGAGAGCUGCUUCCGGGAGCUGCUGGGCCGGGCCGCCUACGGCAACAUGAACAACGCCGUCCGGCCCGUGCUGGUUCACCUGGACAACCACCACCUGUGGGACCCCAACGAGUUUGCUGUUUCCUGCUUCAGGAUCAUCAUGUACUCCAUCCAGGCUCAGCACUCCCACCACGUCAUCCAGCAGGUUCUGAAUCACCUGGACACCCACAACAAGAACACGCCGCGGGCCCGAGCCGGCAUCGUCCAGGUCCUCCUGGAGACGGUGGCCAUCGCCGCCAAAGGCUCAGUGGGAAUGAUUCCCGAGUCCAAAAGAAGUGAUGCGUUCACGUUUGAAAGUGAAAACCCGACUCCUCCCCGUCUGUGGCUCGGGCCCACAGUGCUGGAGGUGUUCAACACUCUGCUCAAACACCUGAGGAUGAGCGUGGACUUUGAGCUGGGCGAGAGCUCGAGGAGAAACUCCAGCACCAGCGUCUCGUCCGGCCGCGGCAAAGAGAGCGAAGAGAGAAUCGUCCAGAACGCCAUCAUCCAGACCAUCGGCUUUUUCGGUGGAAACCUGCCAGACUACCAGCGAGCUGAAGUCAUGAUGUUCAUCAUGGGCAAAGUGCCAGUGUACGGGACACCCUGCCACACCUUGGACACCGUCAAGAUCGGGCAUCAGGGUACCAAGCGGAUCCAGACCAUGCUGCUCAGCUCCCUCAUCAUGGUAACCUCUGGCUUUAAGUCCAAGUCCAUGGCCGCUGCGUUGCCUUCCCCCUUCCUGGAUCCGCUCUUCUCCAUCUCUCUGAUGGAAGACAGCGAGCUGAGGCAGCUGGUGUUCGAAAUCCUGCACAACAUCAUCGACCGCCAUGACAACCGCGCCAAGCUACGCGGCAUCAGAAUCAUCCCUAAUGUUGCAGCGCUGAAGAUUAAAAGAGAGAAGAUUUCCAAGCAAGACGUUGCAUUCAUGAAGAAGCAUGGCCAGCAGCUCUACCGUCACAUCUACCUGGGCUGUAAAGAGGAGGACAACGUCCAUAAAAACUUUGAGCUGCUCUUCACCACGCUGGCCAUUCUGACCAUCGAGCUGGCCAACGAGGAAGUGGUCAUCGACCUCAUCCGGCUCUCCAUCGCUCUGCAGGACAUGGCUCUGGCUAAUGAGGAGAACAUGCCGAUGUUUAUCCGCUGUGGCAUCAUGGCGUUGGUGGCAGCGUACCUCAACUUCCUGAGCCAGAUGAUCGCAAACCCUCCCUUCUGUCAGCACGUCAGCAAGGUUAUUGAGCUGAGGAGCAUGGAUGCUCAGCACCUCCUCCCAGAACACAUCUUCAGAGACAAGUGUCCAAUCCCUGAAUCUCUGGACAAGGAGGACCGGCUGCUGUACUUCCAGACAGCCGACAUGGCCGAGUGUCUGGCAGGACCGGGAUACAACGCAGAGAGACUCUCCGUUCCCUACGUCCCCCAGGUCACAGUGCUCUACACAGUAGGAAAAAUCCUCCACAGGUGCAAACAGCGGUCCAGAGAUCGUCUGACCAGGAGGAAGAGUUUCGUAGACACAAUCUCCCUUCAAGUGGACAUCGUGUCCAACUGCCUUCCAGAUAAGUCCCAGCUAGCGGAGGAGAUCACGUUCGAGACCCUGAAGAAAGCCAUCGAUACCACGGGUCUGGAGGAGCAGGAGAGGGAGAAGAGGCGUCAGGUGAUGGAGAAGUUCCAGAAAGCUCCGUUUGAGGAGAUUGCUGCCCACUGCGAGUCCAAGGCGAACAUGUUGCACGACCGGCUGGCAAAAAUCUUUGAACUUACAAUAAGGCCUCCACCCAGCCCGUCCGGAGUGGUUUCCAUCUCAUCGGGACACACUCAGCACCAGUCGGUCCCCGUCUACGAGAUGAAGUUUCCAGACCUCUGUGUCUACUGAUAACUCUGCAGCAAUAACAUCACACACACACACACACACACACACACACACACACACACAUGCACCUUCAUAAAAGAAAUGAUGAGAGAAAUAACUACACAAUCACAAGUUUCCUCUACUCAGACCAGCACAAGGGCGUCACGCAAAAUGCAGCAAAACAGCCAUUUUCAAUUUGAUAUCAAGCCGGGUUUGCCUAUACAAAAAAACUAAACUUCCUUAAUCUCGUCUCUUCUAUCUCUAAAUCCAACUCUGAACACAGUUUGUCAUUUCGUUUGCGAGCCUAAAACGUCAAAACGAUACUUCUGAAUUCUUUAAAAAAUCUCGUUCUGCUCUUUUUUUAAAUACUUGGAUCCCUUAUUACACCUAAAGCAGACCGGCGUUAAACCCUCCAGCUCUACAUAAACUGAUUUGCUGCAUUUUGCUGCCUGACUCUCAUCCCUGAAACUAAACGGAAACCUUUUGAGUCAAGAACAAAAGAAAAGAACAGCUUCCGCUCUUGAGAUUUGUAUAGAUGCUGAAUCGGAUGUUGCUUCACACCUUGUACAGUACGUACACCGUAGUCUACGAUUACACUCUCGCACCAACGGCUGAAACCAGUUUCAAUCUUAAAAUUUGAGUCUGGUUUUAGGUGUGAUGCUCUUUUAUUCAGAGCCAGCUUCUGCCUCUUCAGUAUGUGUUCUCAUGUUGAUAGGUAGGUGUCACAAAUAGGUGAAAACGUACAAUGUAUUCGCUGUCGUAGGAAAAUUAACUUCACUGGUGGUAGAAGGUAGAUUAGUGUUAGGCUCACCACUGUUCAGGCUACUCAGUCUUUGCCAUUUAAAGGUAUACAAGCAUCAGAACUACCAGCUGGGUUUCAUGUGGGGAGAUAAAAGAAAGCAAUACUGCUUGGCAGAGACUCUCCAAAGAGACAAGCUAAAGGGGGUUUAGUUUUCAACGCUGCUCGGUAAUAAUGGCUCGCUCACGGUUGGCGAUUUUGGGUUUGCUUCGGAUGUGGUGCGUUCCAGAGCUCCUGAAAGUGUCAGCUAUUCAGACUGAGAUGUUGGAGAGCUUCAGCGUAACUGUGCGAAACCUUCGCGAAUCAGAAAUCGGACCAAAGUAGCUUUUUUAAAUUCCUUUUUUCAUCAUCGAGUAACGUUAUCUCUGUCAAAAACACCAGUUUGGUAAAUGGUUCAACUUGAGUUUAAAUAUCUUAUACUUACAGUUCACAUGUAAGGCUAUGCUCACACUUGGCGUCUUUUUUGAAGCUGCCAGUGUCUGUUUUACAUUAUAAUCCUGUAUGGAGUAAACCGUGAUUUCAAUAAAGUUCUGAGCACUUUUUUAAACGACUUUUUUUCUGCAGCUCAGAGCGUCUUUUUAAAGUUGAAAAAAGUUCAACUUUUCUGAAAAAAACGCCCUGCAUCGAGCACUUUUUUGACAACCGACCAGUGACAAGCGGAGUAGCAAGACCUGUCGUUUCCAUAACAACACGAAAAAAUUGAGUCAGAGCACAGCAAGUUAUACAAUACGACUGGGUGCUCCCUGUACAGGGAACUCAUUUUGUUUUAGCUAACGUUAGCACCUCUCUCUCUCUCUGUUCUUUCUCUAGCUCGCUCCACCACUUUGUUUUAUCUAACGUUAGCAUUAGCACCGCUCCACAUAGCGCUCUGAGAUAAUGUAGCAGUAGCUGUUGUUAUAACAACAAAACACGCUCAUUUUGGUCCUCUUUUGGAACCAAACUGCUGCCAGCUUUUCUUUCUUUCUUUUUUUUUUUACUACAAAAGCGCCCUGGUCAAUUUUUUUUCUUGU